AUGAAACUUGGAUUUACGGGUAUGAUGUUGAAACCAAGCGUCAAUCAUCACAGUGGAAGUCAGCAAAUUCUUCUAGACCAAAAAAAGCAAGGCAGGUGAAAUCAAAUGUGAAACUCAUAUUAAUCACAUUUUUUGAUUUUCGUGGUAUAGUUCAUCGUGAAUGGAUGCCUCAAGGACAAACAGUAAAUUAGAAUUUUUAUUUAGAAGUCAUGAAAAUAUUACGAGAAAAUGUUAGGAAAAAAAGCCAGAAAGUUGAAAAAGUGGUUCUUGGAUGUUGCAUCACGAUAACACUCUGGCUCUCAGCUCACUGCUCAUUCAUCAGUUCUUAGCUAAAAAUCGAACUCUAUUAGUUUCAUAACCAUCAUACUCACCUGACCUGACUCCGUGCUUUUUUUUUUUAUUUCCGAAGUUAAAAUCUACACUCAAAGUACGCCGUUUUUAAACAAUUAAUGACAUUAAACAAAAUACGGAAAACGAUCUUAAGGACAUUACAGUUAGUGCUUUUACAUUAGUGCUUACCAGGAAUAUUUUCAAAAAUGGAAAAGAAGAUGCCAGCGGUGUAUUGCUCCCCAAGGGGAUUGUUUUGAAGGUGAUAAUGUGUAUUUAUAAUAAUAUUGUGUUAAUCAAAUUUCAUUUGAAAAAUUCGGGUACUUUUUAAUCACACCUCGUAUUAUAUUUUUAUUUAAAGUAUUGAUAUUGAGUAUUGAGGUAUAACAUAAUGAGUUUUAAACAUAAAUUUUAAAUUGACCAACUUGUCUUAAACAUAGGAAAUGUAUAACUUAUUUGUAAUAUUUAUUUGGUUUAUUUUAAUUACAGUAGUAGAGACGACAUAACGCAAAGUCAAACACUUAAUGAAAGAACAGAGGCGUUUAAGUCCAAUUUUAAAAAAAUCAUUGAUGAUUUUACAAUAGAAAUAACUGAUUCCGAAUCUAAGGAAAAAUGUACGAUGGUCGAUGAUAAUCAAAAUAACCAUGUUACGUGUACAGAUGAACAAGAUAAUGACACAGCAAGUUUGAAAGAAAAUAUUAAAAGUGAUAUUUCGAAUUUAGUAAGACAAAAGAAAUAAAUAAAUUAACAUUAUUUAGGGUGGGUAAUUUAUUAUAUUAAAUUCGUAUUAUAUUUAGAUGGAAUACGUCAAUGAACCUAAGUGUGAGGAUGAAUACAUGGAGAUAUUGGAUAAACAUAUUUUUGAAGUGGCUUACAAGCUGGAAAAUAGAUUAACUUUGAAUCCAAAAUAUAUAGAGUUUAAAGUUACCUAAAUACUAUAAUUAUAUUAAUAUUAAUAUACCUAAUGUGUAUUAUACUUGAUUAAAAACUAAUAUUUGGUGAAACAAACUUUUAAAUUUCAGAUAAUGAGCAUGAACUUAAACACUAUUAAAGAUAAACAACUGAUACAAGUCAGAAAUCGUAGUAAAACCCCAAUAUUGUGCUGUUAUAGCCAUUUGUUUGAUCCAAAUUCUAUAAUUCUGGAAAGCCUGCAUAUUAUUAAAGUAUACCGAAUUUAAAUUUAAAGAAGUACCAAAUAUCAAACAAAUUAUUGUAGGAUUUUCUGAAAACAAAUUUAAAUUAUAUCCAUUAUUAUAGGUAAAUUCGAUAAUUUGGCGUCGUUUGAUGCCUGGAAAAACGAUUGACUAUUUUGUAACGUUUAAACCAAUAGAAUUGCCAAAUUCUAAAACCUAUGCGAGUUUACAAGGAGUCAAUUUAGUGUUUGAAACUACCAGUAGUAACAGACCGGAUAUAAAAUGUAUGUUUCACAUUCCGAUUAAGUUUUGCGUGGUUAAACCGGAACCAGUAUUGGUUACUAAGACAAUAAUGUAA